CCGCUAGUAUUUGUGCAGACACCGCGCCGUUGUGACACUAAAUUAAAAAAUAAUACGAAGAUUCUUUUUUAAUUAGUGAAUUAUAAAAAAUGUUUAUUUUUUUUCUUUUUAAAACAAUUUUAAUUUCGUCUGUGGUAGCGUGGUACGAGCCUGUGGUGUACCCUCAGGCUUGGGAACCAGGAUAUCACGGGUUUGAUGGAGUCCAUAAUGGCCUUGAAGACGCUAAACAUUUUGUCAAUGAGUGGACGGUGGAGGUAGAAGGUGGUGAAGAGAUCGCGCAGCUGGUGGCGUUAGAACUUGGAUAUGCUUAUGGAGGCCCGGUGCGCAGUUUCCCAGACAUGUACACAUUUUUGCGAUACGAGCACGAGAAGCAACGGCGCACCCCGUCCGCUACGCACACAAGAACGUUGGCCAAAGAUAGAAGGGUACGCUGGGCAGAACAAGUAUUUCUGAAAUCUCGAGUGAAGCGGUACCCCACCCCUGAACCGGACAGGGUUGUUGAAAGGGUUAAAAGAGUGCCAACUAACGGCACCAGAGCUCGGAACACCAGGGCAGCAGAAUUUAGUAGGCGUCCGCUGUUCAACGACGAGUUAUGGAACAAGGAGUGGUAUUUGCAGGACACGCGAAAUAUUAGGAACCUACCUCGCUUGGAUUUGAACGUGCUACCUGUCUAUGCUAUGGGGUUCAACGGCAGUAGUGUGCGUGUUUCUGUUCUCGAUGAUGGUAUUGAACACAACCAUACCGACUUGCGCGCUAACUACGAUCCGGAAAUCAGUUGGGAUUGUAAUGACAACGAUCCCGAUCCUCAACCCAGAUUUGAAGAAAUCAAAAAGAACUCGCACGGAACUAGAUGUGCAGGAGAGAUAGCAAUGACCGCCAAUAAUAAGAAAUGUGGAGUGGGCGUGGCCUGGGGAGCCAAAGUAGGCGGGGUCCGGAUGCUUGAUGGACGAAUCACCGAUAGAAUUGAAGGCGAAGCUAUUGGCUAUGCUUGGGACAAGGUGGAUAUUUACAGCGCUUCCUGGGGACCCAAUGACGACGGCCGCACAGUAGAGGGCCCUGGUCGUUUGGCUAUUGAAGCCUUUAAGAGAGGCAUCACGCAGGGUCGAGGUGGCAAGGGCUGCAUCUAUGUCUGGGCAAACGGCAAUGGCGGAGGCCAUCACGACAAUUGCAAUUGUGAUGGAUAUUCGUCUAGCAUCUAUACAAUAUCAAUAGGCAGUGCUUCUCAGCACGGUCUGUUUCCUUGGUACGGCGAGAUUUGCUCAUCUACAUUAGCCACUGCAUAUUCCUCUGGUGCUUACAAAGAUCAGAAAAUUGCUACUACUGAUACAAAAGAUUCGUGUACACUGGGGCACACGGGGACGUCCGCUGCUGCGCCAUUGGCUGCCGGUAUCAUCGCUCUCGCUCUACAAGCAAACCCUAACCUGACAUGGCGCGACGUUCAACAUUUAAUUGUUUGGACAUCGGAGUAUGCUCCUUUAUCUUCAAAUCCUGGCUGGCAAAUAAACGGGGCUGGAUUCCGUUUUGAUAUUCGAUUCGGAUUUGGUCUUCUGAACGCUGGAGCACUGGUGGCCACAUCUCUCAACUGGACUUCUGUUCCUGAAAAAAGUAUAUGCAGAGUUAAAUCAUCUUCAUCUGAAAACAAUAGGGAAAAGUUAUAUUCAAAGGACAAAUUAGUCGUACCAUUAGAAGUAGACAAAAGUUGUUCCGUGAACCACAUCGAGCACGUGGAAAUGAUCAUCAACGUCCAAUAUACUAGGAGAGGAGCACUGCAGAUUUAUCUCGUAUCGCCAAUGGGUACCAAAGUCCAGGUGUUAAGUGCUCGGCCCAGGGAUGCGUCCACAGCUGGUUUCGUAGACUGGCCCCUGACCUCCGUAGCUACCUGGGGAGAAGAUCCUAGGGGCUUGUGGAAGGCUGUUAUAGUAGAUGCGACUGAUGAAGACAACAGGGGAGAAGUAGGAUCACUAACUCUAGUUAUACAUGGUACAAAAGAAAUGCCAGAGCAUAUGAAAGAUGGUCCUAGGAAAUACAAUGACGAAUACAAUAAAUACGACGAAGAAACGACCUAUUUUGACAUACCAGAGAGCAUUCCCGGUGAGAACGAAGCAUUGCAAGUACCAGAGCAGUAUAGUACCGAAGCGGACAGCCUGAGCGAAAUUGAUCCAACGAUUUUGGCAGAAGUGGAAAAAGAAUUACAGAGGAUCCAUCAUAAAAUUUACUACUCAUCUAGAGGAGUUUAAAUUAAUUAAUUCGUAGUAAACAUUAAUCAAUGUAUCAGCCAUUCAUGAUCUCCUGGUAUUUAGUUAUUUAUAAAAUUAGUUUAUUAUUAUAUUUAUUCAUAAAUUUAAAUAUAUAAUCAGAGUCACACGUAACUAUGUAAUUGAUUAUUGCAAGUUUACCUAUGCAGGCAAUGUAACUAUAUGUUGUAAAAUCCGCAUAAUAAUUAUGAUAUAAAAAUAAAUAAAAAUCAUAAUACGCAAUGCCGAAAUUUUAAUCUUUAAUAAAUACAUGAUAUUUAUCUUUUCACAUUACAGAACCGAUAAAAAUAGAACU